AUGCUGUCGCGAUUAGCGCUCCGGCCAUCGCUUCUGAUUUCUCCCAGUGUUCGUCAGUUAUCCAUGUCGGUCCUGAAAACGGCCCGUAUGGGUCGCAGUAGCACCACCGGCAUUCACCGAUUCGGUGAACAAGCGGGAAUUGGUGUGCGUACCGGCAAGACGUUAAAGGAGCGGCUUUUGGGUCCAACUACUGGAGCACCUUACAUUUACGGUACCUAUGCGUUAGCUGGAGCUUCUGUAUUCGGAGUUGGAGCGCUAAUGUAUUAUGGAUUGGUUUCCAAGGAACAAUCAAUUCUUCAGUCUAGCGCGUUAUGGCCAGCAUAUGUUCGCGAACGACUUGCAUCGACGUACUCUUAUUUGGCCGGCGGUUUGGCAGUGACAGCAGCCAGUGGAGUUGCAGCAUCCCGUAACGCUGCCAUUAUGCGUCUUACGCAAGCAGGGGGCGUCAUGGGUCUCUUCGCUACAUUAGCUGUAAUUAUUGGAACAGGAAUGCUAUGUCGAUCUAUCGACUACGACAGUACGAUCGCCAAACAUUUGGCAUGGAUGCUCCAUUGUGGUGCUAUGGGUGCUGUACUUGCACCACUGGUCUACAUGGGUGGACCAGUGCUGAUGAGAGCUGCUUGGUACACUGCUGGUAUUGUUGGAGGUCUUUCUGCGACCGCUAUCACAGCACCAUCUGAGAAAUUCUUAAUGAUGUCGGGACCGCUUGCAAUGGGAUUGGGAGUUGUGUUUGUCGCCAAUAUCGGCACGUUCUUCUUCCAUCCAGGGAACUGCCCUUGGAGCGGGUUUGAUGUCGAUCGUUAUGUAUGGUGGCCUGAUUCUCUUCUCAGCAUUUUUACUGUACGAUACCCAACGUGUCGUAAAGCACGCUCAAAUCUAUCCUCGCCGCGAAGAAAUGUACGGAAUGCCAGUGAGCAUCAAGAGCUACGAUCCUAUCAACGCCCAGCUUUCAAUCUACAUGGAUGUAUUGAAUAUCUUCAUCCGAAUGGCGAUGAUCAUGGGCGGUAUGAGCGGAAAUCGAAGGAAGUGAGGAAGCCGAUUGCACAAUACAGAAAAGACGAAAAUUUUAACUAUUGCUUAGAAACAUCUAGUACUCGUCAGUGA